CUCAGGGAAAAACAGUCCCGCGUCGCAGGAAAUCCCCUUCCUUCUUCCGCAGUGGGGGAUGACGUCAUCUGGCUGCAGCAUCAGAGCUUUGCUGAUGUGCGCAAAGUGAAAGAAGCUACAUGAUGCUCUUUAUUCCUGCUGCUGGAGUUGUUUUAAUACUAGCUUGGAUUCAUCCAAGUUACGCGCUCUAUUUCCACAUAGGAGAGACGGAGAAAAAAUGCUUCAUUGAAGAAAUUCCAGACGAGACCAUGGUUAUUGGAAAAUACAGGACUCAGCUGUGGGACAAGCACUCCAAUUCAUUCCUUGCAGCCACUCCUGGCCUUGGGAUGCAUGUGGAGAUCAAGGAUCCAGAUACAAAGAUUAUCCUCUCUCGUCAAUAUGGGUCAGACGGACGGUUCACCUUCACCUCCCACACGCCUGGAGAACAUCAGAUCUGUUUGCACUCUAACUCCACCAAGAUGGCUCUGUUUUCAGGAGGAAAACUGAGAGUGCAUCUGGAUAUUCAGGUGGGAGAACACACCAACAACUACCCCGAAAUUGCAGCUAAGGACAAACUCACCGAGCUGCAGCUGCGAGUCCGACAGCUGCUGGACCAAGUCGAACAGAUCCAGAAGGAGCAAAACUAUCAGAGGUAUCGCGAGGAGCGGUUUCGCAUGACGAGCGAGAGCACCAACCAGCGUGUUCUCUGGUGGUCCAUCGCUCAGACGCUCAUCCUCAUCGUCACCGGCGUAUGGCAGAUGAAGCACCUCAAAAGCUUCUUCGAGGCCAAGAAACUGGUGUGACGUCUGUCUGAGCAACGGCGGCAUUCGCAAACGACAUCAACGACGAGGAGACGGACUUGACUGAGCGGAAUGGAGCGAGACAGAGAGAGACGCCCACCGUGGUCUUAAUAUCGGCCACGAAUGGCACGAGAUAAUUCAGAGGCAGUUAUCAAUCGCGGGCAAUGCGUCUUUCCUCGUAAAUGUUCUAGGCUAUUGUUAUUUUACAACACAGUAGCACAGCAUUCAGACUGCCUUUUGUUGUCGUCGUCGUGUUUGUUGUGUUCUCUUGACAACACUGGACAUUUUUCUAUCUUCCUUUUUCAAGAAGAAGCAGAGACAACAUUAGUGAACUGAGAUUGUUUUCAUGGUCAAAUGUUAAAGCUCUUACCAGUAAUGGGUAGUUUAUUUAUACAUGAUUUUACAGUAUGUAGUCAAUUUGUUUGUCGUUGUUGUCGCCCACUUUUUAUUUUCAGGUUGUGUAACUUCUAACCUUAUUGAUUCCUUAACCCUCCUGUUGUCCCCGGGACCCAUUUUCUAAGUUUCUAUAUGAGAAAUUUGAGUUUCUUUCAACCAAAUUGUCAAAAAAGAAAUAAAAAAAAAAA